GUCUGUGCCCUCACUUUUAUUAUCUUAAAUAACUACAACUCAGCCAAACGUCUCAAUCCAAUCAACGAUAAUCACAGAAAACACAAUUACGACAACAAUUUGGGCGACGAUUCGGCCGCCGAUGAGCCGCCACUUUCGCCCUUCGAGGAGGCGGUUAUGGUUGACACCAAUUGCGGGAAAGUCAUCGGCACUGUCGAGGACGGGGCCUUUGCCUUCAAGGGCAUUGGUUACGCAUUGCCGCCUUCGGGAGCCCUGCGGUGGUCGCGACCGAUACCCGUAUGGAGUGAUUGGCAGGAAUGCCAUAAACGCAAGAAUCGACACAAACGGGUCAAACACUUCGGAGACAUUUGUGUUCAAUUCAAUCCUCUCAACAAACAAAUUGAGGGCAAAGAAGACUGUCUUUAUCUAAACAUAUGGACGCCGAGACUCGACGACUCGGUA